AUGGUGCAAUUUUCAGACCGCGCAGAGGAAGUACGCAAUCUUCUCGGCGCCGUACAAGACCUCCUCAUUCCGUUCAUAAGUUCCGCAGACUCUGUUCCAACCUCGAACGGGCACUCCACGAAUGGCAUAAACACCGAUAUCAGCACGCUGAGCACGUAUCUUGUUGAUUAUAAGCAUCCGGAAGAGCUUCAGAAACGUUUAAGGCUUGAUUUGCCAUCGGCAGGACAAGGACAAGAUGGUCUCCUCCAAGUACUUCAACAAGUACUACGGUACUCGGUCAACACCUGGCAUCAAGGGUUUUUGGACAAGCUAUAUGCCUCUACGAAUGCGCCGGGAGUAGCCGCGGAACUCAUCCUCGCAACCUUGAACACAAACGUCCACGUAUAUCAUGUAUCACCGGUUUUGACAUUGAUUGAGAAACACACGGCGAAGGAAUUGGCAUUAUUGUUCGGUCUCAAUGGGCCUCAUUCCGGCGGUAUCUCCGUCCAAGGUGGAUCGGCAUCCAAUACCACCUCUAUCGUAAUAGCAAGAAACGUGCUAUACCCCAAGACCAAAACCGAGGGCAAUGGCAACUACCGAUUUGUCGUUUUCACGAGCGGCCAUGGGCAUUACAGUAUUGAGAAGGCAGCUCAGAUGCUCGGACUUGGAAGUAAUGCUGUCUGGGCCGUGCCUAUCGACAAACAAGGCCGCAUGAUCCCGUCAGAGUUGGAAAAACUGGUAGAGAAGGCCAAAGCCGAAGGUCGAACUCCAUUCUAUGUCAACGCUACUGCCGGUACCACCGUUUUGGGUUCGUUUGAUCCAUUCCACGAGGUGGCAGCAAUCUGCAAGAAACACAAUCUCUGGUUCCACAUCGAUGGCUCGUGGGGCGGAUCAUUCAUCUUCUCUGCCCGUCACAAGAACAAGCUCUCGGGAGCAGAAAAAGCGAAUAGUAUCGCUAUCAACCCACAUAAGAUGCUCGGGGUACCUGUAACUUGUUCAUUCCUAUUAGCGGCAGAUAUCCGUCAAUUCCAUCGUGCAAACACACUACCUGCCGGAUAUCUGUUCCAUAGCAACCCGGAAUUGGACCAGACGAAUGGUGACUUUAAUGGGGAUCUGACUGCCGACUUGCAGAUCGACUCGCCAGAAGUCUGGGAUCUAGCCGAUUUGACCCUCCAAUGUGGUCGUCGAGCCGACUCACUCAAACUGUUUCUGAGCUGGACAUAUUAUGGCUCUCAAGGUUACGAAAGCCAGAUAGACGAAGCCGCCGAUACGGCAGCAUAUCUGGCAACUCUCAUUGACAGUCACCCUGAUUUUAUUCUUGUUAGUGAGAAUCCGCCGCCAUGCCUUCAAAUAUGCUUCUACUAUGCGCCUGGCAAGCGUCUCGUGUACGAAGCCGACGGAUCAAAUGAUUCAAAUGAUGUGCGCGCCGCGAAGAAUAGCAGAGUAACUGAAGAAGUGACUCACGCGAUUGUGAGCAAAGGUUAUAUGGUUGAUUAUGCGCCACCAACUGGUGGUGAUUUUGACCUCAGGGGCAAGGGGAAGUUCUUCCGCUGUGUCGUUAAUAUAUCGACUGAGAGACGGACAGUGGAAGGUCUGAUUCGUGCUAUUGAAGAAGCUGGCCCAGCGGCCAUUCAGAAGUUGAACGUCCAUUCAUCGGUUUAG